GCGACAAGAUCUCGCUUCAGAGUCUACAAGCAAGCGCUUUGGUAGCUUCGUCAUAGUCAGGAAGGUCUUAGGAGAAACGGCCCACCCAUCCGCUUGAUUCCUAGCCCGAUACUCUUCCAAUAUGUCAACCACGAACGACGUCGACGUCCUCCCCGCCGAGCGCGACAAACGGAAGCUCCGCGCCUGUCUCCUAUGCGGUCUCGUCAAAACAGCCGCGCAAUUCAAAUCCAACGGGUGCGACAACUGCGAAGAGCUAUUACAUCUGCGGGAGUCCAACAAACGAGUUUUAGCUUGCACGUCUUCAUCGUUCGAUGGGGUGGUGGCGCAAUUGAAGCCGGAAUUAUCGUGGGUGUCGAAGUGGCAACGGACGGACAAGUUCACGAAGGGGAUGUAUGCGAUACGGAUAGCGGGGCAGCUACCGGAGGAUAUGCAGUCGAUGUUGUUCCAGAGGGGGAUAAAGUACAGGCCAAGGGAUGGUAGUGUGAAGGAUUAGCUCCGCGGUGAGGGGUUCGCAGGUCUUCGGCGGGCCGUCAACAUCGUGUAGCUCGAGGAGAAGCACCCUUGCGAACGGAUCACGAUGAUUGGGCGAGGAGAGGAGGGAAGCCGUCCAUGGGGAAUGGUCGGACUCACAUGUGUGAUUGUAUAUACCCGGCGACGCAUAGGAAGGCGUACUCUGCA